AUGAAAUCAGUGUUUCUAAGCCGCUUCUUCAUCCUGCUGCCCUGGGUCCUGAUUGUCAUCAUCAUGAUCGAUAUCGACAGUAAAAGGACAAUCCGGGCUCCAAUUGCCGGUGGGACCGGCAGGGCGCAGCGGGCGGCCCGAACCGGCGCACCGGGGGUCGGUGGCGCCCAGAACCAGUCCGCCCUGCCGGUCAUCUACGCCAUCACUCCGACCUACACCCGCCCGGUGCAGAAAGCGGAGCUGACCCGGCUGGCCCACGCCUUCCGCCAGGUGCCCCGGUUCCACUGGAUCGUAGUAGAGGACUCGACGGCGCGCACGGAGCUGGUGGCGCGCUUCCUGGCCCGGUGCGGCGUGCCGUACACGCACCUGCAUGUGUUCACUCCCCGCAGGUUCAAGCGCGCCGGGAUGCCACGCGCCACCGAACAGAGGAAUGUGGCUCUCGCGUGGCUCCGGCAGCACCGGAGCAGGCGGGACACCGGGGUGGUUUUCUUCGCGGAUGACGACAACACGUACAGCCUGGAGCUGUUCGAGGAGAUGCGUAGCACUCGUGGAGUGUCUGUUUGGCCUGUGGGAUUUGUGGGUGGCAGAGCAUAUGAGCGCCCCCUGGUGUCUGGGGGCAAAGUUGUGGGUUGGUACACCGGCUGGAGACCGGACCGACCCUUCGCCACCGACAUGGCAG